AUGGUUUUCAUUACCAUAUCAGACGAUAAUAAUAUAAUAACGAGUCUUGAUGUUCAUGAGGAUACUGAAAUGUGGACGAUUACAAAUAUUAUUGAAAAUGAUUUUUCUUUGAAUAUGAAUAUAAAUGAAUUGACAUAUAAUGGGAAUACAUUAGAUAAAUUUGAUACUAUAAAAAAAUUAAAUAUAAAAGAAGGGGAUUUAUUAUUUGUUCGUAAAAGAAUUAGUAGUGAUAUAGUUAAUAAUGAUAUGAAUAAUAUGUCUGCUUUAAAUAACAUUCUUUCUACAAAUAAUAAUAUGGAAAAUCUUGGAAAUAACUUUAAUAAUGAGAAUGUACAGAAUAUUUUAAAUAAUCCAGCUUUCAAAACAUUAUUAGAUCAAUUUAAAGUAUAUCAAGAAAAUGAAUAUAUAAAAAAAGAAUCUGAGAUUUUAUUGCAAAUGAAGAAUGAUAAAAGCAAAAUGGCUGUUUUAAAAUUACAAGAUCAGACUUUAUAUAAUGCUAUAAUUUCACAAAAUUUGGAAGAAAUUAAAAAAAUUGUAAAAGAAAAAUAUGAAAUGGAAAAAAAAGAAAAACAAAAAGAACAAGAAAUGUAUGAAAAAGCUUUAAAAAAUCCAUUAUCAGAAGAUUCACAAAAAUAUAUAUAUGAAAAUAUAUAUAAAAAUGAAAUUAAUAAUAAUUUAGCAUUAGCUCAAGAACAUUUUCCUGAAGCUUUUGGAGUAGUUUUUAUGUUAUAUAUACCAGUUGAAAUUAAUAAACAUAGUGUUCAUGCAUUUGUAGAUUCAGGAGCACAAUCAAGUAUUAUGUCAAAAAAAUGUGCAGAAAAAUGUAAUAUUCUAAGAUUAAUGGAUAAAAGAUUUACAGGUAUUGCAAAAGGAGUAGGAACAAAAACUAUACUAGGAAAAAUACAUAUGAUUGAUAUAAAAAUUGGUAACUACUUUUAUGCUGUAUCAUUAACUAUUAUUGAAGAUUAUGAUAUAGAUUUUAUAUUUGGAUUAGAUUUAUUAAAAAGACAUCAAUGUUUAAUAGAUUUUAAACAAAAUGCUCUUAUCAUACAAGACAAUAAAAUCCCUUUCUUAUCAGAAAAAGAUGUUUUAUCUAUAUCAACACAAAGUAUAGACAUUGAUCUGCCAAAAGAUUAUUAA